AUGCACUGCAUGUUUUUCUUAGUCCUCCUCAUCCUUCCUGUUUUGGGACAGUGGGGCAAGGGCAUCCCAAAUGCCGGACUUGAGGAAUCUGAGCUUUUUCAUGGAGCAGAUAACUAUGACUUUGCCCUUCUGCUGUCUGGCACAGAAUCACAGUGCUACUGGCACUUUGCUCGUCAGAAUGGACGAUUUUACCUGACUUACAUGGUUCAGUUUGUCUCUGGGAUGAUUGCAGACAGACACAUUGGAGUCUCUCUUUUCUCCCCUGAUGGAAUCCUCCUUUCCUUAAAUGAUAAUUCCAAGGGGCAGAUAAACUUCCAAGUAAAGGAGACAGGUUAUUACCAGAUGUGCUUUGCCAAUUAUCACAACCGUUUUAGUGAUACUCGAGUCUUUCUGAACUUUGGGGUGUUUUACGAGGGGCUGGUUGAGACUGAGAAGGAAAAUGAGAUGAAGGAAAAGGAUCUUAACAACACUCUUUCCAACAUUAAGGAUACUUCCAAUAAGUUAAGGAUUCAAAUUCAACACAUGUGGCACUUCUAUAAUGUGGCAAGAAUGCAUAGAGGGACUGAUUUCUAUCUGCUUCAGUCCAAGUACACCUAUGUGAACACAUGGUCUGCCAUUCAGAGCUUCGUCAUCAUCAUUUCUGGAUACUUGCAGCUCUUCUUUCUCAAGAGGUUCUUCCAGGCAAACAGCAACCAGCCUCGCUGCUGA